AUUUUUGAGCAUUUCCAGGAUAUUAACAGUCUUCACUGCGGUGAGGUAUGGCUAUUGAUACCUUUGAAGGAGUUUUUCAGACAAAAGUCCUCCGGCAAAACGCUGUUCAACCUGAGCUGUAGUCACCUGAACCUUGCAGAAAAGGAAUAUUUUGGGCUGGAGUUCUGGAGUUCUGCAGGGCAUACUGCCUGGCUGGAACUUCUCAAACCCAUAACGAAGCAGAUUAAAAACCUUUGAAACCAAACUUAUGAAGAUGUUGUGUUUUAAGAUCCUAAGGAGAUUCUUUUCAAAUUUAUGGUGAAAUUUUUCCCAGUGGAUCCGGGUCAUCUGAAAGAAGAGCUGACAAGAUACCUUUUCACGCUCCAAAUCAAGAAGGAUCUGGCAGGUGGGCGGCUUCCAUGCAGCGAUAACAGUUCGGCACUGAUGGUAUCUCACCUUUUGCAGUCAGCACUGGGGGAUUUUCAUGAAGAAAUGGAUCGAAAGCACCUGGAAACGCACAAAUAUCUACCAAACCAAGAAUAUUUGGAGAACAAAAUUAUGCACUACCACAAGAAACACGCAGGGAAAACUCCAGCUGACUCGGAUGUGCACCUGUUGGACAUAGCUCGGAAACUGGAAAUGUACGGGAUCCGGCCCCACCCAGCGAGUGAUGGGGAAGGGACCCAGAUCAAUUUAGCUGUCACUCACAUGGGAGUGCUUGUAUUACGAGGAAAUACAAAGAUUAACACGUUCAACUGGGCCAAAAUCCGCAAACUGAGUUUCAAGCGGAAGCAUUUCCUUAUCAAACUCCACGCCAACGUCUCGGCUUUGUGCAAGGACACCUUGGAGUUCACCAUGGCAAGCCGUGACACCUGCAAAGCCUUCUGGAAGACGUGUGUGGAAUACCAUGCUUUCUUCCGGCUCUCUGAGGAGCCAAAAUCCAAACCCAAAGCCUUUCUGUGUAGCAAGGGUUCUAGCUUCCGAUACAGUGGAAGAACCCAGCGGCAGUUGCUGGAAUAUGGGACCAAAGGGAAGUUGAAGAGUUCUCCCUUUGAGAGGAAGCAUUAUCCCUCUCGAUACCAUGAAAGACAAUGCCGGUCGUCACCAGACCUUCUUACUGAUGUUUCCAAACAAAUGGAGGACUUGCGGCUGGUUUAUGGCACAAUGGGGGGCUACCACAACGCCAACGGCGUCCAUGUCUCGGAGCCCAUGCUGGACAGCAGGCGCCGGAACUCUGCCGUGGAAGUGAUCUUUGCUGCUGAACUGGAGCGAUCCAAGCCCGAAGCUGACCCGACGCUGCUGCAUCAUUCCCAAAGCAGCUCCACCUUCCCGCUGGUCUAUGCAGAGUUGGAGCAUGACUGGGAGCCAGCAGACCCCUACGGGCAGAGGAUCCCGCUGACCUCCUUCCGGCCUGCAUACAAGGCUGCCGGGAACAGCAUGAGCACCUCUGUGGGUAACAUGCGGGAACCCCUCUCUUCCCCCAGGCUGCUCACAUACACAGAUGUGCCCUACCUGCCCCCUGCCAACACACAACUGGACAUGGCUUCUCCACAAGUGUUCUUCUACGUGGACAGGCCACCCCUGUUCCAAAGCCACCCUUCAGUGGGGCCUGCUGAGGAAACCCCCCGUGGGCUCAGCAUCCCUGUGGCAGUACCCACAAAGCCUUCAAGAAGAGGCCCGGCUACGCCAAGGAUGCGGGGAUUUGAGCCAGAGGCCCUGCCCAGGACCAGCUAUCUCAGCAGUGUUAGCAUGGAACAGGAAGAUGAUGGAAGCAGUGUCUUCGACUACAGCAGCCAAGAGCCAGUUCCCAAGAGGUCCUGGAGCCAAUCGGACAUGAAAACCAUCCGCUUCCCCUACGGCUCAGAGUUCCGCCCUCUAGGUCCAUGUCCUGUUCUGAGUAGCAGGAAAGCUGACAUUCUGCAAUAUAUGCUGGCUCAAAGAUUUCCAGAAGCUCCCAGGGUCCAGCGGACUCCUGAACGCUAUGUGGGCAGCGGGACGGAGUCUAGCGACUCGGAUUCAGAUCUCCUCCCAGACUAUUAUUCCCUCUACGGGAGAGUAGUCAAGACACCCCAGGCAAGGGUCCGCCUGUCUUCAGGGAGUCUCCAGCUUGAAGAGGAGGAUGAAGAAGUGUGUAUUGCUACUGGCGGCAUUGAGGACAGGACUUUCCUGGGAGCAUCUAACUAUUUCACUUAACGCACCCGUAUUUUUCUUUUUUGUCAAAGCCAUUGGGCAAAGGAGGUUUUCUCUAGGCCUCAGAAUGGAUUUACUGGUUUUUGUAGCUAUUAUUAAAACACUGGAAUUUGAUAAAAGAAAAAGUAUUCAGGAGCAAAUAACAGUACUGUGCAAGGGAGUUAUCAGGCGUUAUACCAGACUUCAGAGAGAGAGGGAGCUUACCUACUUCCUCACCAUGAUUGGGAAACGACUAGAAUGUUGGUAUGUUCUUGUUUCUCAAGACAUUGCUGUGAAUGACAAAUGUGUCAUGAAGACACUGGCAUUUUAGCAGUUACCUAGAACAGGGGGAUCCCCAGAGCAAUCUUGCCUCUCCAUGCAAUUGGUUCUCCAUUGGAGGACCGCCAGCCUGACGCCCGAUGUAUCUGCUGCAGAAGGAGAGGGAGGAGUCCCUCCUCCUCUGCUCCCCAUUGGCUCAGCAAACCCCUCCCCUCAGCCUGACAAACUUCAGAAAAUCAGCCCUGUGUACUCACUCUCACUGAAAUCAAAACGGACAAGUAAACUUGCCCCAUUAAAACUGCUUCAUGAGCAACUUAGCGUGGAUGUGAGCCAGUGACUGAAGUCGCCCAUCUCCCUAACUAUACACACAAUAACCACACAUUUAAGUGUUACAGUUAGCAAGACAGGCUAUUACUUUUAUAGGCACUGGCUCACAGCCACACUAAGUUGCUCAUAAGUAGUCUUUAUUGACACAUACAGGCAAACCUCGCCCUACAUGGCCCCAACACCUGCAGUUCUGCAUAACACCGGUCAGGCAAUUGACACCCAAUCUUGGUAUAGGCAGGGGUGUGGGCAGUUUAAGUUUCACGUAUCCACGUUGUCAGGGUGGCCGGAAAUGACCUCUUAGGUUAUUUCUGGCCACUUUUUUUGUGGCUUUUUAAAUUUCCAUGAAAAAAAUCACGCAAAGAUAGUGGCUUUUUAAACUUUUAGGAGGCAUUGUGGGACAGCUGCAGAGUCAGACCUGCAAAGCACGAUAGGGCACUUUAUUUUAUUUCCAUUUCUCACCCUUUUUUUGCUGCCUCAGGAACCUAACCCCAUGAUUCCUGUUGCCCCAUUACCCACAGUUCACUAUCUGUGGAAAUCUGUGGGAACUGAACCCAAGCAGAUAAUAGGAUCCACCUGUACAGACACAGUCUCUAUGGGAUACCUCAGCUGAAGGUUUACAACAGAAGAGUUCACUUGGUUAAAAAGCUUGGGAACCCUGGGCCUAGAAGACACUCGGAGAAGAAUGCCGGUGGCAGGAAACUUUACCAAGGGAUUUGGGGUCAGGACUGAUCCAAGUUCAAUAUAGCCACCUAUUUGCUAAUCUCAGGGCCUGAAACUUUGGGCUGCCCUUCGCUUUUAGGGCAUGAAGUCGGAAGAGAAGCAAUGCACUUUCAAGGCACGCAGGAUCUGCAUCACAAAUUGGGCAAGCUAUUUUAAAAACAACAACAACAACCCACAAGUUGCUUCCUUUCAAGCAACAUGGCACUAGCCAGGAGAGAAGAGAUACUUGGAAACACUACAAACUGCAGGUUUUGCCCUGUAACACCACCUCUCCAGCACUUCAGGAAGCUGCCAGAUGUGGAUGGGUUCCCCCCACCCCAUCUCCCCCUCCUCACAAUGAAAAGCUGGCUUGGGAGUGCUUUCUAUCAGAGGUGUACAGCUUUACUUACCUAGGGCAAGAGGUGUGCAGGGGUGGGAGCAGUGAUUUUAAAAAAGAGCUCCAAGUAAGGCCCCAAAUAUCAAGGGCCAGUGUUUCCUAUGUGACAUCACUGUUUUCUGAAUAGCAGUCUUGUGAAUAAUUCACUUCUAAUGGGUCCCUGGGCACUAAGUCACCUGCUAAAUAAAAGCCACACACUUGAAAUGAUACCCCAGGACUUUGCUAAAAAGGGGUACAAUGGGUUAGGUGACAGGGAGAAGCAAUUUCUAGUCCAGCCUAGGGUCUCUCAAGACAGAAAACCCGAUUUCCCUUCCACCCCACUCGCUUCCCACUUGGUCCUAUGAUGAACACACAUCACCACAAAAUUGGGACAACAAACAGAUUACAGAACUUAAAUAUUUAUUUAUUUUUUCAACCAUUCAACCUUCCGCUGCCCCUUGUCUGCCCUCCCUCCCCCAAAAAACAUUGAAAGAAGCUUCAUCUAUGAACGGAUUUACAGGACUAACAGCUACAGCGAAAAUCACUACAGUUCUGUUUCGGUGAUGCAGUUAUUUUGUAAAGCUUCAAAUCAACUGUAUUUACAAUUUUUGCUGCUUUUACAU